CCUCUUCUCUCUCUCCGAAACCUAAGCACUCAUAUAAAGAUGCUCUGUUUCUUUUAGCUUUCAAGGUCAGGAGAAGUUCAGUUUUCUCUAUUUUGGUGCUUAGAUUUUUCUCAUUUUAUAUUAAUAAUUUGAUUUUUUUUUUUUUUUUCAAUUAAGAACUAGUCAAUGAUGGUGUUGAUUUUUGCAGAUAAUUUGGCUUUUAAGUUUCACUUAUCCUAGAAUAUCUAACUGACAUAAAAUUCAACCUAUUUAACUUAAAAAUGGUAUAAGGAAUACCAAGCAGCUACUUGUAAUUUUGGAUGCAGUUAUUAAAGAUUUUGCAUUGUUUUAUUAAUUAAAGUUGGUAACUUUCAGGAAUAUCUUGUGAAACAUUUCAUAGAACUUGGUAAAUAAAAAUAAAUAAAUAAAUAAAUAAAAUAAUAACCCAUUUGUGGAUGUAGAUGGACAUAUUAUUUACUUAAAUGUUUGAUGAAUUCUCUUUGCAGUUUGAUUGAUAAAUUCUUGGGCAAUGGUUGUAUUAAAAAUUUUGAGCACAGUUUAAUCAUAUGGAUGAGAUAUAAUGUGCUGAUCCGAUAUUAGGAUUUUCCAAAAUCCAAAUUGUUAUAGCUUACACAAAGAAGGAUCUGAGAAUAACUGUAAUUUAGUUGGCAUUGGUGUAGAAGUGUUUGUUUCUUUUUAACCAACGUAACAGGUUCAAUUUUAGCUGCAUAGCAAAGAGCAAAGAUGGGUCCGGUUUGUUUUCACAUAAUUGUGUAAGUAUGCAUGAGGACUUGCUUUGACUUUAUAAAGACAGUUUGCAUGAUGAGCAUUUGUUGUAAAGUCUUGGUUUGUAAAGUAUUGUUGCUGUCUCUCACUUUCGGUGUUUCUCAAGCUUCAUAUGUUGUUAACUCAGUGGGAAUGUUAUCCAUAUGAGAAAAGUUUUCUUAUUUUUUAUUUUUUAUUUUUUAAAGCAUCUAUGUAGUUCAACCUUGUUCCAUAUGCCCAUUAAAUUGCCAACUCUUGCGACCUUCAUCCUCUAAUGGGCAAAUGAAGAAGAGCAAACAACUUAAUGAAUAUGAUGGCUGACCAAGUACAUGAACUGGUGAAUAAUAUCAUAGAUUGUUGGCAUUGUCGGAUAUAAAAAGUCAACUGCCUACUUGCAAGUUUGAGUGACAGGAACCCUUUUUUGGAUACUUUAGACUGUCGAUAUUCCUUCUAUGACACGAGGGUUUAAAGAAUGCUAAUUGAAUCUUCAAAUCAGAAAUUCACCUUAUCCAUGCCAGUGACCCCAGAGACAUUUGGAUAUUUUAAUUGCUUCUAUUGAUCUCCAUUUAUCUACUGGGCCUCUGAAGACAAUGGUUCGAGGAAGAGAUGCCUGUUGGGAACAUUGUGUACUUGUUGACGCAAAUAGACAGAAGGUUAAGUGUAAUUAUUGUCAGCGGGAGUUCAGUGGAGGGGUAUACAGGAUGAAGUUUCACUUAGCUCAAAUAAAAAACAAAGAUAUUGUUCCAUGCACUGAAGUCCCAACUAAUGUGCGUGACCAUAUUAAAAGUAUUCUAAAUACUCCCAAGAAACAGAAAACUCCAAAGAAACCAAAGGUGGAUCAAGCAGCCAUGGUCAACAAUCGAGAAAAUAGCUCUUCUGCUAGUGGUGGUUUCCAUCCUAAUCAUGGAUCUACUGGUCAAAAUGGAAGCACAUGUCCGUCGUUGUUAUUUCCACAUCCUUCACCAAGUGCACAACCAAUAUUGGAUGAUGUGCAAAAACAAAAGCAGGAUGAUGCUGACAAAAAAGUUGCUGCAUUUUUCUACCACAACUCUAUCCCUUUCAGUGCUGCUAAAUCCAUGUAUUAUCAGGAUAUGGUGGAUGCUAUAGCAGAAUUUGGAGUUGGCUACAAAGCCCCAAGUUAUGAAAAACUGAGAUCUUCUUUGUUGGAAAAAGUGAAAGGUGAGAUACACAAUCGCUUUAAGAAAUAUAGAGAUGAGUGGAAAGAAACCGGCUGCACGGUCUUAUGUGAUAGCUGGUCUGAUGGUAGGACCAAAUCAAUUGUAGUUUUCUCAGUUACAUGCACAAAGGGGACGCUUUUUUUGAAGUCAGUGGAUGUCUCAGGUCAUGAAGAUGAUGCUACUUACUUGUUUGAGUUGCUUGAGUCUGUUGUCUUGGAAGUUGGUGUGGAAAAUGUUGUCCAAAUUAUAACUGAUACUUCUGCCAGUUAUGUAUGUGCGGGAAGGCUUCUGAUGGCCAAGUACAAUUCCUUGUUUUGGUCUCCUUGUGCUUCUAAUUGUGUAAAUAAAAUGUUGGAGGAUAUUGGUAAACAAGAUUGGGUUUGCAAAGUCUUGGAGGAGGCAAAGACCAUAACAAGGUACAUAUACAGCCAUUCAUGGACUUUGAAUAUGAUGAGAAGAUUCAUAGGUGGAAGGGAAUUAAUCAGGCCAAGAAUUAGUAGAUAUGUGACUAAUUUCCUUUCCUUAAGGUCCAUUGUAAUUCAGGAGGACAAUCUAAAGCACAUGUUUUCUCAUACAGAGUGGUUAUCAUCCACAUAUAGUAGAUGCCCUGAGGCUCAAGUGAUUAAGUCUCUGUUGUAUUUAGAGAAAUUUUGGAAGUAUGCACAUGAAGCUGUGAGUGUAACCGAGCCACUUAUUAAAAUCCUAAGAAUUGUUGAUGGAGACAUGCCAGCUAUGGGAUACAUAUAUGAAGGAAUAGAAAAGGCCAAGGAUACAAUAAAGACUCAUUAUAAAGGUAUUAAGGAGGAGUAUAUGCCAAUUUGGGAUAUAAUUGAUCAAAGAUGGAAUGUGCAGCUGUACACAUCCUUGCAUGCAGCUGCAGCAUUCCUUAAUCCUUCUAUAUUUUACAACCCAAACUUUAAGGUCGAUUUGAGGUUGAGGAAUGGGUUUCAAGAAACUAUGCUAAAGAUGGCUAGCACAGACAACGAUAAAGUUGAAAUAACCAAGGAACAUCCUUUAUACAUUAAUGCACAAGGUGCUCUUGGGACUGAUUUUGCAAUCAUGGGAAGGACACUGAAUGCCCCAGUUGAUUGGUGGGCAGCAUAUGGUUAUGAAAUCCCCACACACCAGAGAGCUGCAAUACGGAUUUUGAGCCAACCUUGUAGUUCCCAUUGGUGCCAAUGGAAUUGGAGCAACUUUGAGAGCAUACACACAAAGAAACGUAAUAGGUUAGAGCUGGAAAAAUUCAAUGAUUUGGUAUUUGUCCAUUGCAAUCUUUGGUUACAGGCUAUAUGUCAAAGUAGAGAUGGAAAAUGCAAACAAAUUAAGUUUGAUGAAAUUGAUGUUGGUUCUGAAUGGCCCACUGAACUAGAGGCUUCAGCCCCACUUGUAGAUGAUUCAUGGUUGGACAAUUUACUCCUAGAAUGCAGGACUAGUCCCUAAAAAAAAAAAAAAAAAAAAUGAUAAAUGACAACAAUUGUUGUAAUUUUGUAUACUAUUGUAAUUAGUAUUAUAUUAUUAAAAUAUAAUAUAUCAGAAUUCAGAAGUUGGUUAGCAA